GGAGGACAGAGAAGGGAACUUGUGUCAGCGUGGGUGCUGUCUGCCACAAGCUGCCUAAAGCAAGAGGAUGACAUGCUGGAUAAAGGGACAGUGAUGAGGUCCAGUACCACACUCAAAAUGUAUGGGUCACAGUGAGAGCCUCCCGUCGUAUCAGCAGUUCCAUCAAGGUCCAGCAGAAGAAGCAGACAGCAUGCAGAACCUCCGGCAUGCAGCUUCUGAGGCUUUCCAGCGUCUCGGGUUAAAGCAAAGACAUCUGGGCUAUGAGGAGCUGGGUGAGCUGGACGGGGUGGAGAAACCACAGCCGCACUGGUUUCACACGCUGCAGGUGCGACGGCUCAGAGUUCAGAGGGGCCGCAGUAACAGCGAUCCGAUGGGAGGAAAGAGCUUCCAGCAAGAGUUCCAGUGGAAAACUGGCCUGCAGUUUGGGAAUGCAACAUCUUAUCUUAAUCUUGAAAAACUUGGAGAGGGCACAUAUGCCACAGUUUACAAAGGAAUUAGCAGGAUAAAUGGUCAUCUUGUGGCUUUAAAGGUGAUUCACAUGAAAACUGAAGAAGGAAUUCCAUUCACAGCUAUUAGAGAAGCCUCCUUGUUAAAAGGCCUCAAACAUGCCAACAUAGUCUUGCUCCACGACAUCAUUCACACGCGAGAGUCUCUCACCUUUGUCUUUGAGUACAUGCAAACAGAUUUGGCUCAAUAUAUGAUUCAGCAUCCUGGCGGACUUCACUCGUACAACAUCAGGCUCUUCAUGUUUCAGUUGCUCCGAGGAUUGUCUUACAUUCACAGCAGAAGAAUUCUGCAUCGAGACCUCAAACCUCAGAAUUUGCUCAUCAGCUAUCUGGGAGAACUCAAAUUAGCCGAUUUUGGUCUGGCCCGAUCUAAGUCCAUACCGUGCCAGACGUACUCUGCCGAGGUCGUGACUUUAUGGUACCGCCCGCCAGAUGUUCUCAUGGGCUCCACUGAUUACUCCACAGCCCUGGACAUCUGGGGAGCCGGCUGCAUUUUUAUUGAGAUGCUACAGGGGUCACCAGCGUUUCCUGGAGUUGCUGAUGUCUUUGAGCAGCUGCUGAAGAUUUGGACAGUCCUCGGGGUCCCGACCGAGGAGAGCUGGCCAGGUGUCAGUGAUCUGCCGAACUACAAACCAGAGUGGUUCCUGGCCUGCAAGCCCCGGCAAUUUCGAGAUGUCUGGAAAAGACUCGCUCAGUUACCUUAUAAGACAGAGGACCUGGCCCAGCAGAUGCUGAUGAUGAUUCCAAAGGACAGGAUUUCAGCCCAGGAUGCAUUGCUGCACCCAUAUUUCAACACUCUUCCACCUCCGUUAAUGCAUCUAAGGGACACCGUGUCCAUCUUUAAGGUGCCGGGCGUGAGGUUAGAGCCGGAAGCGAGGGAUAUCUUCAGUCCCAGCAGACGAAUGAAAUCGCCUCUUGCUCCGCUGGCCAAGUGCUGGUGAAAGACUUGUCUUUGUAAAUAGUUGGUGUCCUUAUGAAAACCAAAAACACGCCAGCAUGAGUAAACGUGAUACUGUUGCAGCAUGACGGUCAGUUUGUAUAUGCAGGUCUAAAUCAGCUUUAUCAAAUAUAUUUCUUAGGGAAUAUCAGAUUAAAUUUCAUAAGAAUCAUGUUUUUACAUUUUGGACCAGUAAUAGCUAAGAGAAAGUUUAAUGGAA